AAAAGACAGAGAGUUGAGCGUAGAAAAAACCUUGAAAUAGAAUAAACGGUUCCUCGAACAACAUAUUACAAAACAAAACCUUUUCCUCUUCGUCUUCUUCAACGUUUAUCUUUGUUUCUUCUUUUCAUCCAUUCCUCUUUAUAAAACAACAAAGUUGUGUUUUUGUUUAUGUUUUUGUUUUCUUCCUCACAACAACAUGAGGAAGAAACUAGAUACUCGUUUCCCUGCUGCUAGGAUUAAGAAAAUUAUGCAAACCGAUGAAGAUGUUGGGAAGAUUGCAAUGGCUGUGCCUGUUCUAGUUUCAAAAGCGCUAGAGCUAUUUCUGCAAGAUUUGUGCGAUAGAACAUAUGAAAUAACACUUAGGAGGGGAGCGAAGACCGUGAAUGCUUUUCAUUUAAAACAGUGUGUACAAACCUUUAAUAUCUUUGAUUUUCUAAACGAUACUGUGAGCAAGGUUCCUGAUUUAGGUGGUUCUGUCGCAACUGGUGACGACCAAACUGUCACGAAAAGGAGGAAAGUUGCUGAAGGUGACAAUAAUGACAGCGACGAGGAGACCAAAAGAAGUAAAAUGCCAGAACCUGCACAAACUGGUGGAAGAGGAAGGGGUAGAGGAAGAGGUAGGGGUCGUGGCCGAGGAAGUAAAACCGCAGAUCAAGAAACCAGUUUACAUAUCAAGUUUGAAGAUGACUCUGUAUUGAAGCAAAAUGGCAACCACACUCAAAGUAAUGGAAGUCCCGAAAUUAAGCAAGAACCCGAAGAAGUUAAGCAUUGCUCACCAGUCAGAAAACCGGCUGAAGUAUUUGUUCGAAAUAUCGAUUUAAAUAUGGAUCCGGAUGACGACAUGGAUUUUAUAUCCACACCAACUCCUGUCCCAACUGGUUCAUCUUCAAAAUCAAUAUCAGAAGAGAAAUCAGAAGAGAAGGUUGAUGAAUAUCCUGGGUGGUCCUUGUCUGAUAUGGAAAAAAUGGCCAUUGAUCCUAUUCAACUUGCUAACUUAAAUAAAAGGAUUGAUGAAGAUAUGGAAGAUUAUGAUGAAGAAGUGUAGAUGAACUUGCUUUGGCAUGAUUAAUCAUUAGAAUGUUCUGAUGUAGAAUUAACUUAGAUUUUUUAGGAGGAAACAAGUAGUGUUAGACAAAUCAUUAGUGAUGAUUAAUUAGGUGGAUUAGGAGGAGGCAUAGUUUAGAUGCUCAAAGUGGUACUUUAAUUUAGAAUAACCAAUAGUAUUUUAAUCUUAGAAAUUAUAAUCUUAUGGUAGGUGUUGCCUAUGGUAGGCAUUCUAUUCAAAGUUUCUGGAUGCCUCCCUUAGGCAAUGGCUUUAUAGGUAUUUUCUUUAGAGUUAUAUUCUUCCAUUAAUCAUAAUUGUUCUUCUACUUCACAAGCUUUUA